AUUUAUUCGAUUUAUUUUCUUUUUCUUUUGGGGGAAAUUUCGAUUUAUUAAAAGUAUCUAACAAAACCAACAUAGUUUAAGUUGUCAUUGAAUUUUUUUUUAGUUUCAACGUAAAUAUGUUCUCAUGUCUUGAGAGAUAACAUUCACAUAAUUAGCAUGUAGACUUAUACUGUUAUAUGAGUUGACAAUAAAGUGAAUAGCGUACAUAUUUUAUUAUAUAUGUACAUAAUUAUGUUUAGUUUUAGUGGGAAAAUAUGGCUUUGUCUCCUUUUCAAUAUACAUAGAUCCAACUGUCCACCUUUUAUGAAGCUGAAAUCCGAUUACGUAACAAACCACUCCCAUAGUCCGACGUAAGUUUCCGCGUCCUGAUAAGUCUCUCAUCAACAGUGAAUGAGUUACAUAGUUAUUUUGUCUGUAAAAGUUAUCUUGUUCUUUUUAACUUUUUUUGUGGCUCUCUACAACACAAUUGCUUUCAUUAGCUGCUUAGAUACUUAGGAUUUGAUCUUCAAAGCCAUGUAUCUCCCUGCAUCAUUAUUGAUUUAAUGAAGAUUCACAUACUUAACCCAAAAAAUGGUUUACCAGUGAUCUAAGAGCACUCCUAAUGGAGGAUUAUUUGUGUCAAAAUUGUGGUUAGAAAAGCCACAGAAUAGUCAUAGACAAAAACGUAGCUACAAAUAGACACACUAUAAAGUAUUCAUAGAAUAAAACACAACUAACAUCAUAGGUAAUCGAUAAAAAUAUCUUGUUGUCAUGAUUUAGAUACAAAUUGUUUCGUGAUUUUUUAUAUAAUAAGCACGAGUUAGAAAAGCCACGGUAUAGUCAUCGACAAAAACGUAGCUACAAAUAGACACAUUAUAGCUAUGAUUUGUUUGUGACAAAGUAGUCAUAGAAUAAAACACGACUAAAAUCAUAGAUAAUCGAUAAAAAAAAAAAUUUGUCAUGAUUUAGUCACAAAUUGUUUCGUAACCUUUUAUAUAAUAACCACGGAUUAGAACUAACUCACGGAAUAGUCAUCGACAAAAACAUAGCUUCAAAUAAACACAUUAUAGAUACAAUUUGUUUGUGACAAAGUAGUCAUAGAAUAAAAGACGACUAAAAUCAUAGCUAAUCGAUAAAAUAUAUUUUUGUCAUGAUUUAGUCACAAAUUGUUUCGUGAGUUUUUUUAUAUAAUAGCCACCAGUUUACUACAAAUUUUUGCGAUAAACUAAUAAACUUCUAUUAAAUAAUGUAUACAACGUUAAACAAAAUUAUAUACAAGUGAAAAUACAUAAUUUAUAGAUACAAUUUUAAUUCUAUUAAAUAAAAUUUUGUAAAUAAAAAUAGUUUCAUGUAUUUAUGUUCUACAAAAUUUCUAAUUCAUUAGUACAGUUUUAUGACUAUUUUUUGGUAUUUUAUCUACUGAUUUUUAUUUCUGCCCCCAUACAAAUAAUUUCUAGAUCCGCACAGCCACUGAGGAGAAGGUUUACAAGACAAAGAGACAUCAAGGUGGUGACUGCGAGUGACGUCCACAUGGUCUUGGACUCUUGUUGAUCCAUGGAUUUGUAUGAUUUUUUUUUGUUCUCUAUUAAUCACCGGCCACAUAUAUCGAUUUUUUAUUUUAUUUUCAUAAAUUAUUUUCGUUUUUCUUAGUUCAAAAAAUAUUAUAGUUACUUUUCUUUUCUCGUCAUGGUAAAUUUACACUCCUUUCAUUUUAUUUUAAUUGUCGUUUUAGACUUUUGUAUACAAACUAAAUUUUUUUAUAUAUUUUAUAAAUAAAAACAUCAUAACGUAUAUAUUUAACCAUAUUUAAACCGACAGAAAAAUAAACAGGAGAAUAUAAGAAAUUAUGUAGCAUAUAAAGUUGAUAAAUUUUAUAUUGAAAUUUUAAAACAGCAUUUACUUUGAAAUGAAAAUUGUACUUUGACAACUAAUAUAAAACAGAGAGAGAGUACAUAUUUUCAGUAACUGAUUAUUUUAUUAAUUAUUUUUGUUGAAAAUAUUAAUGCAUGCAGUCACUCUAAUUAAUGUUGUAAUAAGUAGAUGGCAUUUUAAAAAUGUUGAAGUAAGUAGAUCUAUUUCUCCAUCAUUAAAAAGUGAAAACAAAAAUAAUGUGAGGUGCAUGUGAUUUCCAUUGAAAAGCGAAUCCAUGAUUAUAUUUUUAUCAGAAUCAAUAUAUAUAUUCUGUCCGAAAUCAAUAUUAUAUAUAUUUGUGAAAAUACUAUACAUCAAAGGAGAUAAUUAAUUAAUAUAAAAGUAAUUAUAAUAUCACAAAAUAGUAAAACAGCAUUGUAUGCACAAAUUUUACAAAUUCAUAGUAUCUAAGUUUGAUAAAAAUGACAAAUUCUGGCUAAAAAUAUUUAUUUGAUCAAAACACUGAUAUAAUUAGUUAUUUGCUGAAAAGAUAUGGAAUACUAUAACGAGCAGAACAUAAAGAUAUCUCCAUAAACAAAGCCAAAAAGGGAAUCAAAUCCGAACAAGGACAACUUAAUCAAAUCAAACCACAAAUAAAUACUACUAAGAAACAAUAGUAAGUUAGAAUUACUGAACGAAGCAAUAAUACUUACGCAAUUUUUAUAGUAACCAAAACCCAAAUCUAAAGAGUAUAAAUAUAAUAUAUAGUAGAUAUCUCCACAACUAAAAAUAAUCGCAAAGACGAGUCAAGCAAUGAACUUAUAUAAAAGCGAAGAAACUAGAACAGAGAAAUCCCUGAAGAGAAGCGGUAGCACCACGACACCAAUACUAGUAACUAUCUCAACUAGCCAAGCUGAACAGGAACUACCACAGAUACGAGGAACACGAUCUGAUAAAUUAAGAAAGUCCCAGGAAACUAACAUGGCGUCCUCCCAACUCAAAGAAGCAACAAAACAAGCAAAACCAAACCAACAAAAGAAGCAAAACCGAAAUAAGAACAAAUCAGCACCUACACGUUUGUGUGACGAAUCAAGAAAAAAUGUACUACACCACCAUCCACAAAAGAGAUCCGGACCUGCGACUUCAGCACAAGGAAGAAGAUUAUCAUAUCUGAAACUUUAUACCUCACCUGCUCCCAUAAAAGCUCCCUAUCACCGCAAAGCGAAAUCUUGAAGAAUUACAACUAAAUACAUGAGAACCACAUGAAAAAUAGGAGGGGAGACCGGCUUCAAUACUGUCAGAGCCAUCAAAACCAGUCUCAUGCAAGCUUGGCGGCAUUGCUACUUGCUAGGUUUAUCACAGCAGAGGAGUUCAGAGCUUUUUAGCAAUCGAAGAAAGCGUUUAGACUAACAAAACUCUGAAGUCUGAACAUUAAAUAAUGAAUAGUGUUACGUUAUAUUUCGAAUAUUACUGUUCAUUUCUUAUAUUUGGUGUAACAUAUAGCUUAUCAUUGUAAAUUAUUUUACUUUAUAAAUAUCAUUUAGAAAAAAUAGAAUAUUAUUAGAUAUAUUUUAAAUAAUUAUUUUAUCAAUUUGAUUUUGAACACCAAGAUACUUUCUUCUCUUAAAUAACAAUGUAGUGCAUAGUGCAUAGUUUUUGUUAGAUAUAGUGCAUAUAGUGCGAUGUGCUUGCUUUCUAACUUAUAGUUUUUUUGUUAGAUAUAAAAUCAAAUUAUUCUUUGCAAAAUGUAUAUAUAUUCUUUUAACAAAAUAUAAAUCUAGCAUAUGUAGAAAAAUGUUCAUUUACAAAAAAAAAGUUAAAAGAAGUUAUAUAUAUAUUUACCAAUAUAAUCAUUUAAGUGAAUCAUUUUGGUUAAAAUAAUAAAUUGAAAUGAAAAGAGUGAAAAAAAUAUGUGAUAAAAGGUAAAAAAAAAGGAAAAAUGUUAUUUAUAGUUUGGUAUUAAUAUAUAAAUAUGCAGAGAAAAUUCACAUUAACUUUUUCUAAAAAUAUAUAUUUUGGCUAAAUCUGCUAAGUUUUCCAUUAAUGAAUUCAUUUUGAGUUAAAAGAAAAACAAUAUCUCACACGUGCCCAAUAAAGUAAUAAAAUUGGUUAAAUAAGUAGGUAUGAACAGAAAGAAGCCUUCUCGGUAACUACUUUCUUCGUCUCUCUCUGUUGUUGUCAGCUUCUAGAAGGCCAUUUCAUUGAUUGUAACGUCUGCAUUUCUCAUGCGCAAAUUAAAUGAAUAGUCUCAGUCAAUCUCUUCGAAUCUUCAACCCUUCUCUUUACAAAAGGUUUCGGUCAAAUCACAUCACCUCUUCUUAUAUAAGUUAGUAAAUUCGUACAACGAUCAACGAAACUCUAUUUCGCUUCCAUCUUCUCCGCUCAGGACCUUUCUUCACCACCACCGUUCCCUAGUUCUUGCAUCUGGUUUUGAAUCUACACAUUAAGAUAUGGAUACAAAUAGGAAAAUUCACCCGGAUUGCAAAUACUCUGCAAACCCUUUCCAUGAAUGUGCUUCAGAUUGUUUAGAGAAGAUUGCUCAAGGCCGUGGAAAGAAGACUUCAAAAAAGCAAGCUGCGACGAACUUUAGCCUACCAGAGAGUUUAGGUAAGAAAAAGGUGGGAUCACAGCCACCUUCACCUCUCAACACAAGGCCAUAUCAGAACGGUACCGCAAAUUCACCAAGGGUUCAUCAGUCAAGACCUUCACCAGUAGCUGUAACGAAGAGGUCAACAGUUGCAGAAACCAACAUCUCUUUCCCUUCUCUAUCUUCUGAUGAAGUCUUUAUUAACCUCAACGGUCAACAUGAUUCUUUUAACCAUAUGCCAGAGAAGCCCUCGCAGAUGGUUCCUCUAUCCCCAAACAACAUGCCUGAUCGUAGCAAAACCGUAUCACCAACACCUCGAGAACAUGAACACAACGGUAAGAAUGACACAGCCAGUGAGAUUAGUGAGUUCAACUUUGUAAGCCCUCCAAGGUCUUACGCCAACGAUGAUGAUGAUGAUGAGAACGGAGUAGAGCUCGACCUUCAAUCAGUAAUGUCAGACUCGUGUGUUUCGGUUGGAAAGUACCGUGUGAACUCUAGUGUCUCCAUAAUCCUAAGGUCAAUCAUAGACAAACACGGAGACAUAGCUGCAAACUGCAAGCUAGAAUCAGCAUCGAUGAGGUCCAGAUACCUAGAGUGCUUAUGCUCAUUGAUGCAAGAGCUUGGGUCAACCCCGGUCGCGCAGUUGACCGAACUAAAGGUGAAAGAGAUGCUUGCGGUUAUUAAGGACUUGGAGUCAGUGAACAUGGAUGUUGGCUGGCUAAGGGCCGUUCUUGAAGAGUUUUCUCGGUUCCAAGAAAACGCAGACUCGGAGAAAGAGAGGCAAGAAGGAUCAGUGAGGUCUAAGAAACAAGAACUGGAGAUUCAUGAAGCAGAUUUGGGCAGGAUGGAGGAGGAAGUAAGGGAAGCGAGGUUGAAGGUGGAGGAGAUGAAGGCGGAACUGGCUGAGCUUGAGACAGAGAGGUUGCGGAUGGAAGAGAUGGGAUUUAAGGUUGAUAAGUUUAGAGGGAGGUCGUUUCUUGAUGAGCUUCUUUGAUGUUAAUAAGAGUAAUUAAACUAAAUAAGUGUAAUGUUUAAUUAAAAUUUGAUAAUGUUCUUUAAUCUUAAUCAAAAGGUGAACGAUACUACGGUUGCUAGUGAAUGGUCUAAAUAUUCACCGAGAGUAUUAUUUUCUUGUUUGAUUCUUUUGUAUCUGUAAGAAUUAUUUACUUUGUACGUUAUUUUAUUUUAUUUUAUUU